GUUUAAAUCGGAGUGUCUGCGGCAGCGCAUGCGCUGCAUUCCCACUAGCAUUCUAAAUUUAAAAAUGCUAUCUUUAAGGUUAUUUUUGUUCGCGAUAAUUGCUGUACUGGCGGUCGCCCAACAGGACAAAGAACCCAUAGUGAGGAUUGGACAUGGCGUUCUUCAAGGAACAUGGAAGAUUUCUACUAGAGGAAGGACUUAUGGAAGCUUUGAGGGUAUCCCGUACGCAAGACCACCAUUAGGGAAAUAUAGAUUCAGAGAACCUCAAACCUUGAAAUCAUGGCCAGGACUGUGGGAUGCUUCUCGACCUUUCCAACCUUGCCUGCAGUACGAACCUUUUGUGGGAAAAGUCAUUGGUAGUGAAGACUGUCUACAUGUAAACGUAUACUCCCCCAAACCGUACGCAGGAGCCAAUCUGCCGGUUGUAGUGUACAUCCACGGAGGAGCCUUCAUGUAUGGGUCAGGAGCCAUCUACGAUCCCAUACAUCUCAUGGAUAAGGACCUUGUGGUUGUCACACUCAAUUAUCGGUUGGGACCUCUGGGAUUCCUGAGCACAGGUGAUGAGGUGGUCCCCGGCAACACUGGACUCAAAGACCAGGUGAUGGCGUUGCGCUGGGUGCGAGACAAUAUCCUCAUGUUCGGAGGCAACCCUGACAGUGUCACACUCACUGGUUGUUCCGCUGGAGGGGCUAGCGUGCAUUAUCAUUAUUUGUCGCCUAUGUCUAGGGAUUUGUUCGCCCGAGGCAUCGCUUUCAGUGGCUCGGCGUUCGCAGAGUGGACUCACCAGCGCAACCCUACUAUGAAGGCUAAGGCGCUAGCUGCAGCCGUCGGGUGCCCGACGUUGAGUCACAGAGAAAUGGUCGACUGUAUGAGAUAUCGUAACGCGGAUAUGCUUGUCGCUGCACAGACUGACUUAAUGGAGUGGAAAGUGCACAUGUUCACCCCAUUCACACCCACCAUCGAAGCGCCACAAGUGAGGGAGCCAUUCCUGACCAGGUACCCGUACCACGCUGCGCUCACUGGAGCCAUGCUUGAUGUCCCUCUGAUUACAUCUGUCACUUCAGAAGAGGGGUUAUACCCUGCUGCUGUGUAUCAGACGGAUCCUAAGCUCCUGCAAGAGCUGGAAGUUCGCUGGGAACAACUGUCCAGCUACAUCUUUGAAUACAACGACACAUUGCCGCUGGAGCGUCGGCCUGAGGUUGCCAAAAAAAUCAAGCAGAAGUACUUGGGUGACAAGCCUGUUGGACAGGAGACUUUCUCGCAACUUGUUCAGGCUCUAGGUGACCGUCUAUUCGUAGCGGACGUGGGCAAAUUAGCCCAGGUGCACGCGAUGAAAUCCGGACAACCAGUGUACGUCUACCGGUACUCAUUUCGUGGCGAUAUGAGUCUUAGCAACCUUAUGGCAUUGGAUAAGAAGAAUUAUGGUGUGAGCCAUGCUGACGAUGUGCUCCAUAUCUUCAAGUAUCAAGGAAUCACGGCAAAUUCUGGACAGGACAAGCAGAUGACUGAAGCCCUCGUUGACAUGAUCUACAGCUAUGCAAGCACUGGAACACCAAAACUGAGCAAUGAGGGUCCUUGGUUGCCUGUGGUUCCUGGGUCACCAGAGAUCAACUACUUGGAGAUCUCGUCUCCCAGCAGUAUGCACAUGAAAACUAGCUCGGACUUCGGACAGCGCUCCUUUUGGGACAGCCUGGGUUUCAUGGAGUAUGAGAAAUACCCGGGUUAUACUAGAGACGAGCUGUAAAUACUUAUUAAAAUAAAUAAACUUACUUUAACGAACAAUGUAUAUGAAAUACCUACAUAUGAUGUAUAACAAUAAUUGUCAUUAUGAGCGGUUACAAACGACGACUUUUAACAGCGAUGCAAACGCGAUGCAAUAGCGAUACAGUCACUAAUAGUCUAUCUUUAUGCACGCGCUCGCAAGGUUGCAAACUCGCGACUGCGUCGAUACAAACGCGCGAUUGCAACGUUACACUUGGGAUUUAGUGGCGUAUGCAUCGAUGCAAUCGCACGUUUGUAUUGAUGCAGUCGCGCUAUUGUAUAAACUCUAAUGUGGUCGUAAAAUUAAUAGCUAAUAUAGGGUCGUCAAAAAUACAUUAGUAUCUCCAUGGUAAUUCUUUUUUAUAGUAUCAGGUGACGAGACGAAGAAAUCGUCCACCUGAUUGUAAACUACACGCCUGUCCAUAACAAUUGUAAUGCC